AUGCCUGAUGCAUGUACAGAAAUUGGAAAACGAUCAAGCAGAAAAAAUACCAUGGUGAAGCAAAGCCCUCCAUGGAUUGCACCAUCGACAAAUAUUGAGGUAAUUGAAGCUGUAAAAUCCUAUCAGUGGUUGGAGAAAGUCGGACAAAAAGGCAAUAAUGAGGCAAUAAUUGAUACACUAGAUCCAUCGAAACAAGGAUCUACCAAACUAGAAAGGAUGCAGACUAUCCUAGAAACAGUCCAACAUAUAGUGGCAGAACAUAAACUCCAACUGCAACUGCAAGAACAACAUACACUGAAAGGUAUAAACAAGAAAGAAAGAGGAAAUAGAGAAGAUAUGGAAGCUAAAGACCAAAGUAAUUCCAGUGAUAAUUGGAAGCACUUGGAACUGCGACCUCUAAAGGAGAAAAGUGGCUUCAGCAGAUCCCAGGAACAAUAUCAGAAAUCUCUGUCCGCACUAUUGGAAGCAACUAAGAAAGUGUACGGAACCUUCAAUCUCGAGGCCUCUGACAGAGGACUCGAGAUUGAGGGUGAUCGUGACCAUCCACAUGGGACAUUUAAUUUAGUCAUUUAUGAUGAAUUUAAUUUAAUAUAA